CGCGGGGAGCCUCUGGACUGGUUUCAUAGCUCCAGGAUGGAGAGGUUGCUCUCCACGUUUCCACCCUACAGUGUCUGCGCUCCGCCGGCUCAGGACGGCGGCUGGUUAAAGAGAGAUGGCCGCUUCAUCACCCCGCAGGGCCUCAACUACCUGGAGCUCUGCAAGGCCAUCAUAUCCCAGGUUGGCCCCGGCGUGCCCCCUGCCUUCAAGAGGGCCCUCACCAAAGAGUGCGGCGUGCAGGUGAACGCCAAAGUGGACAAAGUCGUGCAGUGCUCGCUGGGGCCCAAGACGCUCCUCUGCUCGGAGGGGGACCAUCACGCGUGCUACAGGAGCCCGGAGCCGCCGACGCCACCCUGCCACACGCCGCCCGUGGGCAACCUGCGCUUCCUGCGGCCCGUCUCCAUCUACUCGCCGGUGUUCGACCGCAGGAUCCACCUGAGGAAGCUGUGCAGCGACGGCGGCAGCGAGGGCGAGGCUGAGCAGGCCGAGUCUGACAAGGAUGCUGAGACGGACCAGAGCGGCGAGGACACGGUGAAGGACUGGAGGACAGCUUUCCGCCGCUCCUCCAAGGGCUCCAACUUCCAGUUCCUGGAGCAGAGGUAUGGCUUUUUCCACUGCAAGAAGUGUAACAUCCGGUGGGAGAGUGCUUACGUGUGGUGCAUCUCUGGAACCAGUAAGGUGUACUAUAAGCAGCUCUGCCGGAAGUGUCAGGUGGGUUUUAACCCCUACAGAGUGGAGUCCAUCCUUUGCAAGGGCUGCUCUCAGACCUGCUGCAGCUGCGAGAGGAAGCAGAGGCACAUCAACAUGAAGAGGCCUCACCGACAGGACCUGUGUUGUCGCUGCAAGGGCAUGAGGCUGUCCUGCGACGCCACCUACAGCUUCAAAUACAUCGUCUGAGCUGAGCCCCCCCCACCCGCAAACAUGUAUGGAAACACCUGUAGACCCGAUGACACUAAUACCUGUGCACGUCACAGAUUGGAAGUUGCCUCCAGUAACGAACUUGAAGAGAUGGAUUUAUUCUCCUGCCAGCGAGUAGAUGAAUCUCUGCCCUAUUUGUUUCAUUUGAAGCAACUUCUUUAAAAUAAUAAUGUAGUAAAAAUAAG